AUGUCUUAUUCGGACGAUCGUAAAGAAGAUAGUAAAAGAUGGAGCGGCAAUGGUAGUAGUGGCAGUAGUGCUGAUAAAUUUUCCGCAAGACUUUAUGUAGGACGGCUUUCCAGAUCCGUUACGGAACGUGACAUCGACGAGGCUUUUGGAAAGUAUGGAAGAAUUCGUGAAGUUGAUGUAAGCCUAAUCAAUUAUGCAGUACAUAUUACAACCCUUGUUCUAGAAUAUAUGAUUAUGUUAAUUAAUAUGACGUUCAUUUUUAUCAAUUUCUAUUACUUUUCAGAUGAAGAAAAAACUCCUCAGAUUGGCUUUUGCUUUGUACAAUUCGACGAUCCGAGAGACGCAGAUGAUGCGAUGAGGCGUAACACAGGGCUGCGACGUGUUGUUUUCUGUUUUGGUGCAGUUCGAGAAAAAAAGACGGCAAGAGGAGUCGAUGGUGUCAACGGUGUAUCGCCGACGCAGCAGACUCAAGUUUUAACACAGUAUCAAUUCAGGGCGUUGGACGGUGGUCGCAUUCAAGGAAAUGAUGAUAGAAUAUUAGUGGAAUUUGCAAGAGGUAGUACUUGGCGUGGAGCUCGUGAAAGUCGUCAUGGAAGUGGUCGUAGUUAUGAUGGACGACCACCAGAAAGAUGUUUUAAUUGCGGACAAAUUGCUGCAAUACAUCGUUAUUAUGGAUUUCGAAUUUCAUUUAAAUUUUCAAAAUUUGAUAUUAGCCCAGAGCCGCCAGGAAGUGGCGAACGCUCUCGCAGGUAUGGUUCAGAUGAAUUUCUUAGUGUUCAUAAGACAUUGAUUAAUUGCUUUGAAAUUUGUAUUUUAUAUCAUUUCCCGUUAGAUAUGAAGAAAAUAGAUGUUUGUGAGUUUACCUGCGGACAACCAGGACAUCGUGCCAGAAAUUGUGCUAGAUACGGGUCUAGCGGCUACCGCGGAAGGUCCUACUCACCAUAUCGUCGUUCUCGUUCCCGUUCUUCCCGUCGUUCUCGUUCUCCCCGUCGUUCUCGAUCGAGAUAA